UGUUUUUAAUUUCAUACAUAUCGGGCCUAACAUAAAGAAAUAUACUUUUGAAAAUUCAACUUGUAUGGUACAAUAUUUAAAUAGAGGUGGAUACUACACACCAUUAAUAGUAAUCAAACUGCUGACCCACUUUUGAAAAAAGGGGGUCAAAUUUAUUUACUGCGAAACUGUUUUAUAUCUUAUGACGCCAUCUUGGAUUUGUUAUAGAAAGGCUGGGUUGAUGAGACUAUUUAUAAUCAUUUAGAUUAGUACAUGUUUUCAACAUAAAAGGACAUUAAAUGCAGAAAUGAGUUGGGGAAUAGAGUUAUGGGAUCAGUAUGACACCAUAGCCACUCAUACACAGAAGGGUAUCGAUUUCUGUGAAAGAUUCACACACUUCCUCAAAGACCGAUGUUCUAUUGAACUCAAAUAUGCCAGCGAACUCAAAAAACUAGUCAAAAAUUACCAACCAAAAAAGAAAGAAGAGGAAGAUUAUCAACAGUACACAUGGGCUAUCAAGUUCUGGGACAUGCUGAAGGAAUUACAUGACCUUGCAGGUCAACAUGAAGUCAUUGCAGAAAAUACUCAGAGCCAAGUCCUGAAAGAUCUGCAGAGUUUAAUUACGGAAACUAAACAACAAAGGAAAAAGGAUUUGCAAGAGGGUGCCAAAGUUCAAGAUCAUCUGAAAUCCUCGUACAGCCAGUUAGACAAGAGUCGAAGCAAAUAUGAAAGGGCUUUUAAAAUGGCAGAAAAGGCUACAGAUGAUUACAGAAAAGCUGAUGCAGACAUCAAUUUAUCACGAGCAGAAGUGGAAAAGACAAGAAAUCAAAUGAUGAUUAAGAACAACCAGUGUGAUGAAUGUAAAAAUGAGUAUGCUGCCCAGUUACAACAGACAAACCAGCACCAGAGAGACCACUACACACAACAAAUGCCAGCUGUCUUCCAGCAAAUGCAAGGUAUGGAAGAGAAUAGAAUCAACAAAAUUAAGUCAAUGGUAAAGCAGGUAGCAGACAUAGAGCGUAGUGUGAUACCCAUCAUCAACACAUGUAUAGAUGGAAUGGUCAAGGCUUCCGACGGAAUCAGUGCUGAGGAGGAUUCCAGAGCAGUUAUUGACAAAUACAAGUCUGGCUUCCCUAUACCAAAUGACAUUCCUUUUGAGGAUCUGAGCAACGCCUCUGUCAUUGAUACAUCUAACGCCAAUGGUACACCUAAAUCUUCCCUGGACAGCCGAAAAGGCACAGUCUCGGACAAGAAACGAAAUAAAAAAGAUAAAAAAGGGGGAGGAGGGUUAUUUGGGAUUUUCACCUCAUCCAAGGCCACAAUUAACAAAAUCAUUGGACUGCUGGGAGAAGAAUCAAAAGAGGAUUUCAGUGAUCUGCCACCAAAUCAACAGAGAAAAGCUCUCAACAGAAAAAUAGAUGAAUUCAAGAAAGAGAUUGCCAGAGAAACAGCGGAAAGAGAGGGAAUGUUAAAGAUGAAAGAUGUCUAUGUGAAUAAUCCAGCUCUUGGGGAUCCAAACGCACUAGAGAAGAAGAUCGAGGAAAAUGCUCAAAAGAUUGACAGUCUACAAGCUGAAAUGAGGAAGUACCAAGGAUACCUUACCAAUAUGGAUGUCAAACCUUCUCCAGCUGGGCAUAGAAGAAACAGUUUAUCAGAUGACUCAAUAUCCCAAAGCAGUACAAACAUGGAGAUAAGUCAGACAUCUGGACCUCCCCAGACUAUGCAUAAUGAGCCGGAAGUCUACACUGAGGAGUGGCCAGAACCCCCCAGUGAUGAGGAGUUUGAGGAGGAACGAGCAGUAGAAUUAAGGGAAAAACCAGAUAAGAAAGCUAUAGAUGAUGAAGAUGGGGACCAUCCAGAAUUUGAUCAGACCGAGGGAGACUUUGACGAUGAAGGUUUUCCAGUCAUAGGAACCUGCAGAGCAUUGUAUCCAUAUGAAGCUGGCAAUGAAGGUUCUGUGGCUAUGACUGAGGGAGAAGAAAUGUUUGUCCUUGAACAAGACCAAGGAGAUGGGUGGACACGAGUCCGCAAACAUGACAAUUCAGAGGGCUUUGUUCCAACCUCGUAUAUCCAGUGUCAUUUCUACGAUCAAGAUGAGGUCUAAUGGGUUAAGGAGACAGUCUUCUAGGCUUCCUGAUCUGUGCAAUGUAGGCUGGGAAAUAUCCUGCCUUUCUUCUCCAGUUAUCUGCCCUCUUUUGGUGCAGAUGGUGACUUGAUAACUUUUACUAUGAGAAUAAAAUGGUAAAUAUGAGAACAGGGAGGUGAACGAAAAAUAUCCAAAACUACCAAUCUCCUUAAUUUUAUAUCUACAGUGUGGCUGAUAGAAGAAGAAAAAUAUAAGUCAAAGAAAAUAGUAUUGAUGUACAUGUAUUGUUAGCAAUAGAAAACGAUGCAUACCAUAUUCAUUUUAAUCAGAAGAACAUCAGAUUGUCAUUUAGUCGGUGAAAUUGAAAGAUAAUCAGCUGAUUUUGGUGGGUUUUUUUUUAAUAUCUAGAUACUGUUCAAUGGGAAUGGGGAGGAUGGGGUGUUUUUUAAUUGCAUAUUAAGACAAGUCCUUAACUGGAAUGAGUUUGCCAAAUUCUAUAUGAUACACAUGAAGUAUGAGUAUGUAUAACAGGAGAAUGGAAAAAAUCAUAAGUUAUAUUAUGAUAUAGGUAUAUGUACAUAAUGAAGAGGUCAAAUGCUCAGCUUUUGUACACAUGUAAAUUAAUAAUUUCUAGAAAGCUAGCUAGUUAUUUUAUCCAGUGGACUCUGAUAGACAGAUGCCAGAUUUAUUUUAGACAGUAUGACUGUUGAUGUAUGAUAGCAAAUACAUUUUUUUUUAUUUUGAGAAAUCAGGUUUCACAUUAUCUGCUGUGUUCAUUAUUUGACAUUUCUACGUUUCUGUGAUUUUUUUUUUUUUUCUUCACUUGUGUACUUUUUCUUGUGAUCAUUAGCAGCCUUGUGUUGUUGUUUUAUAUGAUGUUGCUGCCUGUAGUGGAAUGAAUGUCGAUGUGUGCUUCUAGGAAUGCAGUGGCCCGUGAACCAGAUCAUGAUGUUGAUUUCUCUUUUUAUUUCAAAGAAUCCAUAUUAUGAAAUAAAACUAACAUUGCAGUAUCGUAAAGCUGUUACAUGUGUGUAUGUAAAAGCGGUAUCAUAACUGAAAUAAUGUCCUUGCCAAGUAUCUCAUAGCAAAUAUUAAAACAUCAUUGCUAAUCAUUAAUGGCUAAAAGGUUGACAAGUAAAUCAAGGUUGAUAAUACAACAAAGAAUUGAAACAAAUAUUCCCAGUAUUAACAAGUGCCUGUAAUGUGUCUGCUGGAGGAUGUUACAAAUUAUUUAACCAUGUCUUAUUGUAUAAUUAAAAUCAACUACAAGAAAAAUACAAGGACUUGUAUCUGAAUGCUUUUUUUUCCUUUCUUUUUCAAAUCUGGAUAAACUUUCAGAAAAAUGUGUUUGAUUUCGAAGGUAGUGUAUAAAAUGUCCUAGAGAGUGAUAAGCAGACAAUUGGUGCAAUUCUCAUACCCCCACCAGGAAAAAAGUUGAUAUCAUAUGUACAUGUUUGACUUAUAGCUGAAUAAUAUGAAGUUUUAUUGAUUAAGUUUUUUCUAAUAUGACUACCAGAAGUAAUGUAAUAUGUGUAAUAUUUUAUGAAGUUUGCAAAGACAACAUUUUCUUUUUGUAUAAAGCUCUACACUCACAAAAUCAUUGGUUUUUUAUCUUAAAUCCGUGAUUGGAGAAACAGAUAUAUUUUAGGAUUAAAUGUCCAAUUUUCUCUUAUGUCUUAUAUUCUACUUAUUUUUAAAGAUAUAUAUCUUCAAGCAAUGAAAACACAUUGUGUGUACUUUACAUCAUUCUCAUAUUAACACCAAUUUGAUUUUGUCAUAUUUCAUAUUAUUUAUCUUGUGUAUAUUGUAAAGUAUCUGUGCAAGAAAUAUGCUGUAUACGAGUAAUGCAGACAUUCUAUAAUAAACUUUUCGCCUUUAAAAUGUUCAGUUCAUGUAUUUCAUUCAAUGGUUUUAAUUCUUUGGGGGGGGGGGGGGGGGGGGGACUCGUGAAUUUUAAUUGUUGCACUACUUUUAUUAUGAAAAAGACUGUAGUAAUCAGUGCAUUUUCUUAUUUUCCCCGUGCAGAAGAAUUAUAUUUUUGUUGAUUACCAUUAUUACUGGUAGAUUCAUUGAAGUGUGUGAUUUGUUGUUACUGAGGUCAGAUAUGCUGUGUAAUUUAUGUACCUAUUUUUAAAAAAAUGAAACAAAAGUUUGUUUACUUUUCCAUUUUUAAAGAAAGACAUUUGAAUUGCUGUCAAAUAUGUAUAUUACUGUUGCCACGUUUCAAUGAUUUGGUCAUCGGACACACUCUUUCUUGCACAAGUAUAUUUUAAUUCCAUAUGAAAUAAGCUUAUGCAGAGAAGUUGUCCUUAUAGCAUAUAAACAGAAUCAGCAUUUUCUCACAGGCACUUGUUUCAAAGUUCUGAAUAACUCUUAAAUACAUAAAUCAUAACUUUUAUUACAGAAACACCCUGUGCAUUUUCUCCAGGAACAAAUUCACCAAGUCUUUGCAAGCUUCUUUGCACUGUGGUGCUCCCUUAGACUUUAUAGUUAAUAUAUGUACAGUGUAUUUGAUUAUUUAACAACCUUUGCAUUGAAACAAGUAUAAUGCAUUUGCAAUCAACCAUUAAAAUACUAUAAAUGCA